CAAGCUUCACCCACUUCCCCCGCGCCUUCACGCUGCCGAUGGCGUAUUUAAGCGCGAGCAGGAGGGAUGAGUGAGCUUCCUGUAACUUAGGCGUCUUAAAACAUUCAUUCUGCUUCCUGAUUCCGUUACGAUCGCUUUAUGGAUUAUUUGUGAAACGAGGUGGAGUUAAAUUAUCGUCUUUGGUUAAGUGGUUAAUGAUAGCGAGCUGGCUAUCAGUGAUAAAAAAUUGAAAGCGGAAGAUCUGACGUGCUCGAUGACGAAAGCGGAAGUGUUGGAUUGCAUAUUGCAGAUCUGAAAGGUGGCGAAAUGCACGGAGAAUCUGAAUCGACAAAUAAAAAAAAAAAAAGAACUUAAAUAUUGGUCUGUUUCUCACCCACACCUAUCAUAUCACUUCUGAAGACAUGGAUUAAGCCACUGGAGUCUUAUGUAUUACUUUUAUGCUGCAUUUAUGUGCUUUUUGGAGCUUCACAGUUUUCGUCACCAUUCACUUGCAUUGUAUGGACCAACAGAGCUGAAAUAUUCUUCUAAAAAUCUUCAUUUGAGUUCAGCAGAUGAUAGAAAGUCAAACACAUCUGAGAUGGCAUGAGGGUUAGUUUUGUGAAACAGAGGGAUGGAUGGAGAUGAAAGAGCAAAGUCUGAACGGAUUCUUCUGGAACCCUACAAGUACUUGUUACAACUGCCAGGAAAACAAGUCCGAACUAAACUAUCUCAAGCGUUCAACCACUGGCUCAACGUCCCAGAGGACAAACUUCAGGUCAUUAUUGAGGUGACCGAGAUGCUUCACAAUGCCAGUCUUCUGAUUGACGAUAUUGAAGACAGCUCUAAGCUGCGCCGUGGUUUCCCCGUCGCCCAUAGCAUCUACGGCGUGCCCUCGGUCAUCAACUCCUCCAACUACGUUUACUUCCUGGGCCUGGAGAAGGUCCUCAUGCUAGAUCACCCUGAGGCCGUGCACAUCUUCACCCGUCAGCUUCUGGAGCUGCACCGCGGCCAGGGACUCGACAUUCACUGGCGCGACACGUACACCUGCCCGAGCGAGGACGAGUACCGCGCCAUGGUGCUUCAGAAAACCGGGGGCCUUUUUGGCCUCGCCGUCGGACUCAUGCAGCUUUUCUCUGAUUGGAAACAAGAUCUAAAACCACUUUUAGACACUCUGGGACUUUUCUUCCAAAUUCGUGACGACUACGCCAACUUGAACUCACCAGAGUACAGCGCUAACAAGAGCUUCUGUGAAGAUCUGACGGAAGGGAAGUUCUCUUUUCCCACCAUACACGCCAUCUGGUCGCGACCCGAGAGCACGCAAGUGCAGAAUAUAUUGCGUCAACGCACUGAGAAUGUGGAUAUUAAACGUUAUUGCGUGGACUACCUGGAAAAGGUGGGUUCUUUUGCUUACACGCGUCAGACGCUUAUGAUCCUGGAAGCGGAAGCGUACCGACUGAUCGCAAAGCUGGGAGGAAACCCAGAACUAGAGGCCCUGUUGGAGCACCUCAGUCGCAUGUACAAAGAGCCAGAGGCCGGGGCUUCUGUCAGCCAAUCAAAAGAGCCCAUGGCCAGAACUUCAGACAGUCAAUCAAAUCAGUGACCUAUGGUAAUCACGUCUUAGGUAUCAGACAUGUACUUUCUUUACGAUUUUUUCACGAUGCAAAAAAAAUGCUAAAAUGAUCCUAAGUAGGCUUCAUUGUCUUUAUGUAAAUAUAAUGUGACCUAGACAUGUUUUUGUGAGAUUCACCCAUUUAUUAUUGCCUUUUCAGGCGAAUUAUUUAAUAUCAUGAAAACCUCAUUGUGCCCAGGGGGCUGCUGAUGCUUGUGUUGUCAUGGUGAUACAUGUGUCAUCAGGUCAAAUUAAUCCAAAAUCUUUCCAUUGAUAAGGUGUAAAGUUAUGAGGCCUUACUUAACCCACAUAAAUAAAGGGGAAUGGUCUGUGUUUCCAACAGCAGCUGAAAUAAUGGUGUUGUAAAUCCAGUUAACAUGUUUUUACCAUGUUUACCACUUACCAAUUUUUAUAACCAUAAAUAAUAUGGAUAUAUGGACUACUGUGUAAUAAAAUACUGUUUUUGUUUUUUCAAAUGCAUGCUGCUGAGGUCAACACUGCUCCUGCAUAUGCAGGUAUUUUGUUUGGAUGUGAAUGUUUUUAAUAUCGCUACAUUGAAUAAACACCUUUCCCAUUG